AUGUUUCCAGGCUUUAUACAAGGAGCACUUUUAGCUGUUGUUAUUAUUCUUACUCAAACAACUAAACGUAUACAUUGUGAUGAUACAUCAUCCAAUGUUGACGACAGUCAUGUUCUUCUAUUAACGAAAGAUACAUUUGAUGAUGCUUUGAAGAGUAAUAAGCAUUUAUUUGUUAAAUUUGUUGCACCAUGGUGUGAUCAUUGCAAAGCAUUGUCACCAGCUUAUGCCGCUGCUGCUAAACAAUUAGUGGAUUUCGGUAUUAAUAUUAAAUUAGCUAGUGUUGAUGGAACUAUUGAACACGAUUUAGCACAAAAAUAUGAUGUUAAAGUUUAUCCGACAAUCAAAUUCUUUAGUAAUAGUACAACAUUUGACUAUACUGGUGGACGUGCACCAGAUGAUAUUAUUAGUUGGUUAAAGAAGAAAACAGGACCAGCAGCUGAGGAAUUAAAAACUAUUGAUGAUCUAAAAAAAUUGAAAGAAGCUAAUGAAGUUGUUGUCAUUGGUGCUUUCAAAGAUACAGAUGGUGAUGCUGCUACUUCAUUUCUUCAAGUAGCAGAAACAAUUGAUCGUAUUCCAUUUGGUAUAACAUCAAAUCAAGAUGUUCUUAAAGAACUUGAUAUUAAACAAGAUACAAUUGUGCUCUUAAAAAAAUUCGAUGAAGGUCGUAAUGAUCUUACAGCAACAAUUGAUGAAGGUUCUAUACGUGAAUUUAUUCAAGCGAAUCAACUUCCAAUUGUUGUUGAUUUUAAUGCUGAAGUAAGAGAAAACUAUACCUCCAGAACAUUUGUCGUCCACGACUAUGGAGGAAAAGCACUGAGCAAAAGUAUGAGCAAAGUUCUAAGCCCUCAAUGGCCGGGUGAACCAAAUGGUCCAGGAUAUCACAAUUUUAAAAAUCCUAAUAGUCUUCAAAGUAGAUAUUUCAAUUUAUACAAUACUAUAAGCGAAAAUUUAUCUGAUUUUAUCGGUGAUCAGGAGCCAGUAGUAUUUGUAUCAAGUAUGACUACAGGUUUCAGAGUUUAUAAAAGUAAUGGAACUUAUAUAAACCUUACAGGUUAUAGCAACUACGGUGCGUUAUAUUUUGGAUAUACUAAUGAUCACGGAGGUGGUCGUAGAGGACCCGGAUCUGAAAACUUUAUCGUUUCAAGUACUUCUGAAAUGACAUUAUAUGGAAUGGGUGCAUUACGAAAUAACUUUGUGAAUUUUACUCCGGCAUACCUAUCUGUCCGAUCAAUGCAGGAUAUUGAAAAAGAAAUUUCUAAAUUCAUUAAAUAUACUGGUAUUUUUGGAAACUCUGCAGCAUAUGAUGAUACUUCGGAAUGUGCUUCCGGAUGUUUUGCAGCAAAUCCUGGAGCCGUUUCAGAUUUAGUAGAUUGGACAAAAGCACCGAACAGCUAUAUUUUCACAGGGAAAGAUAAAAACGGCAGCGAAGUUGACGGCCUUUACAUUCCUGUAAAAAAAGCCUAUGAAAUGUGGUCUAAAGGAGGUGAAUUCAUGAAAAGCGAAAACGGAAAUUACACUCCUAUUCCAUCUGGAACUGCAAAAGCUGGUUUGUAUUGGGAGGAUGAACCCGGAUUGAUUAAGUGUAUUACUUUAGAAGGAACAGGUGAAAAUGCUAAAAUUAAAGUCUUAGUUAAUAAACUUAAAGAAGGAAAUGCCGUAGUAUCUUAUCGAGUAAAUGAUAAAGUUUACUGGACUUGGCACGUUUGGGUAACAGAUGAUCCAACUGCGAAUGGUAGUACUUACCGUCUGGGUUUCGAGAAAGAUAAAAAUGGAAACCCUGUUACAGAGUGGAAAUGGAUGGACAGAAAUCUAGGUGCAACAAGUGCAAACUUCUUAGGUAACAACUGGCAUAAAUCUCAGGGGUUACAAUACCAAUGGGGAAGAAAAGACCCAUUCCCUGCUCUUACACACAAAGAUGGCACACUGUACGAAAUUUCUGGAGAAAUCGGUAACAUUAGACACGUAGGAGCUGUUUAUAAAACAGGAUCAACUUCUGCAUUACCAGUAAAAUAUAGAGGAAACUUAUACCCACAAGACAAUACAGGAUUUGAUACGCCAAAUGGAAAUAUUCGUUAUUCUGUUCAAAAUCCAAUUCAUAUGAUCAUUCCACCGCUUUAUGUUAAAAAAUAUAAUGAGACGGUGAAUAAUAAUGGAGAAGAUAUGUUUGUUCAAAACAGUGGCAAUACAUGGUAUCACCAAAGACGUACAACAUGGUUCUCUAAGCAGAAAUACAGAAACGAAUUCAGCACAGAUCCUUCAAAAAAUGUUGCCUGGGAUCUUUGGGGUGACACUCGUGGUGGCAAGAUAAGUGACCUAAAUAACCCUCAAUUAGCUGAAGAAAGUAAGCGCUACGCAAUGAAAUCUCCUUAUGACCCUUGUCCGUGUAACUGGAGAGUACCAUCAUACUAUGAUAAUAUUGGCAGCCAUAGCAAUGACAAUAACGCUUCACCUUGGGGAAGAAUUGGAGGCGCGAAUGAUGUGGACACCUUUACUUCUAACCCUUCAACAUCAAGUACAAGAUUCCCUGGAAUUAAGAUAUAUCCCGGUUUAGGAUAUGAUUUUACAGGCGUUGCAGAUCGUAAUUUAGGAUUAAUUCCAAUUAAUGGAAACUAUGAGUAUUAUCCUAAUUAUGUUACGAUUAAAAGUAUAAAUACUUCAGGAUUAGUAACACCUAAAAUGUUCUAUCAAGAUGGUUCUUCUGAUGGUGCAUUAGGUUCUUCUACCUUUUCAGUGGGCGCAGCUGGUGGCGGACCUUGGUAUGGACCGAGAGGACUUGGUUAUGUUUCAGAUCCAGGAAAUGUUCAAGAAACUGCUAAUAAUUUUGGAUGGUAUACUAUGAACUCUGUUUCACAUGAUGGAAACACACACGAAACAGGUGGAAUCAGAUGUAUUAAAGACCCGAAUAACGCUUAUAUGCCAACUGCUUUUGCAACUGAAUUUAUUAGCAGCCCAAAUGAAGAAUACGCAUUAUCUACUCUAAUUAGCUGGACAAAAGAUCCGAACAGCUAUGUAGAAUAUACUAACAGCUCAGUGACAACAGCAAGUCCGGCAGAUAAAGACCGCGUUAUUGAUAUUCCUUUACGUAAGGCGUAUGCAAUGUAUAAAUUACAUCUAAGUACAACAGAGGAAUAUCCUCAAGGAAAUAUUAAAUCAGGCUCUGUAGUAUGGACUACCAAUACAGGUCUGAUACAGAAUAUGGAAAUAAUCGAUGGAACUAAGGAAACGGCUAAACUUAGAGUUACUUUAAAUGAAAAUCAAUACGGUAAUGCUGUGGCAGCUUUCCACUUAGGGAACUCCGGUCAGUGGGCAAAUGGAAAAAUGCAGGAUCCUAUUAUCUGGAGCUGGCAUGUCUGGGCUCCUGAAACAAUGAUUGGUUCAUUAGAUUACGAAACGGAAACCUCAGAGAAUGGAGGUAUUAUAAAUGGUUCUAAUACAGCUUUUGUAAAUCCUGUGAAAAGUAUUGCCGUUCCAUUGAAGACUACUUUCAUGGAUAGAGACUUAGGAGCUUUAAUGAUGUUCCCGGAAGAAGCUUCUGCAGGUAGUGCAUCAUAUAUUUACAGCUUCAUCCCUCAAAUCAGUAAAAGUGGAGGGUUACAUUUCCAAUGGGGAAGAAAGGACCCUCUUCCUGUCCUCAUCAAUGCCGGAGGACAUUAUGAUUUCGGCACAGCAGUAGGAAGCCAGGGAAGUAUUUAUAAGAAUAUGACCAGAUACACAAUCCGUAUUCAGAGUGGACCGAUAAGUGAUGGAAUGAUUCCUUAUUCAGGAAUAAUUGACAGUACAAGUUAUACUACAAAUUAUGCUAAAGAAUUUUCAACCGAUUAUUCUUCAAUAUUUUCAUCAGCAGAUUCUAAAAAAGAUAAAAUAAAGAAAGUAUUGAUGUAUUCUGUAAAUAAUCCAUUAUACUUCUUAUAUCAGAAUCCUUCUAAUGAAACCGAUCGAUUUAAAAAAGUUCGUGACUGGCUAUCUGAUGAAAACGGGCAGUUUACAGACAGAUGGGGACACGGUACAGAAAAAUCACCUUUCGAUCCAUGUCCUGAAGGAUGGAGAGUUCCUGAUACUUUCAGUUCCAGUAUGCAUUCUACGUUACCUCUGCUAAACAAUUUCUAUUCUCACUGGUCAUUUUCUCAUGGAAGCAAUCCUUGGUAUUAUAAUGGUUAUCAGGCUUCAGGUACAGGACAAUACGGAUUAGCACCUUCAAGUGUAUAUCAGGCUAAAAGAGAUGCUUAUUCACCUGCAAACAAAUUCUAUCCGGGAAGCAGAUCUGCGAUUUCCAAUUACCCUGCUACCAGAUUUGGAUUUGUGUUCAAUAACAACAGAUAUAAAAUUGGUAACUAUGCCAACAAUGGAAUCAGAGGCUUCGAAGGAGGAAAAGAUCUUACUUUGGUCACAAUUGACGGUACAAGCAGAUUAAGAUUUAGCAUGUCCGGAGUAUGGACUGCAUCGCCUACCGAUGUUUAUUCUGGAACAGCGAUAGGAUUACAUUUCAACAUAGAAUCGUCAGCUGAGUUUAAUAUGCAGACCGGAUAUCCGUAUUAUCCUCAGGCAGCAAUGUCUUGCCGUUGUGCAAAAAUCAAGUAUGAUGGAAAUGGAAAUGAAAUAGGAAGAUACGAACCAACAGCUAUUGAAGUUCCAAAAAAUGCAACUACAAAAGCAUCAAAUGUUCUUCCCAGCUAG